GACUGGUGAGCGUAGAGAGGUGGACGACUUUUCGACUCCGUGUGUGACUACCGCGAGUUACAUUUUGUAUUUUAAAGCGGUUUCAAACAUGACGACUUGUUGAACACAUGUAAAAAAACAUACGGAUAUGUGUUAGUUUAGCACUACCGGUACUUGUUUGCCCUUUUAUUGCUUGUGAUACAUUUUCAACGAGAGUUUUUGAGAACCAACGUCCCGGGAGACCGCUCAACUUUGGGCUGGCGACCUUAUGUGGAUUUUACAGAAAAUAUGGAGCAGCUUCCCGGUGUCUCCUCGGUCAAAUCCCUAGCCGUGGUCUUCUGCUUUAUUCACCUCUCUCUGGCGUUGCAGUGUUUGAACGAUAAGGAACCUUGUGUUAACAACGCUACAUGUCUGACCUUCAAAAAUGGAACCGAAUACUGCAGGUGUGCACCAGGGUUUCUGGGGGAGUACUGCCACCAUAAGGACCCCUGUCACCCUGGCUUCUGCCUGAAUGGAGGGAACUGCUCUGUGCUCAUGUCAGCUGGAGUUCCCGUACCAAACAGCGCGACCUGCUCCUGCCCGCUCGCUUACAUCGGGCCGCACUGCCAAACUCCCCAAAAUUCCACGUGUUACCCCAACAACCCCUGUGCCAACAAGGGGGUCUGCACCCUGCUGUCCCUCAACAAACACAAGUGCGAGUGUCCCAGAGGAUGGACAGGAGAGAAGUGCGAGCAUGAGGACAGCUGUCUCUCCAGUCCCUGUGCCAACAGGGGACUGUGCAGCUCUCCGUCUGCUGGGAGCUACAAAUGUUCCUGUCCUCCAGGAUACACAGGUCCGCGCUGCCUCAACGACACAGACGAAUGUGUAGCCACACCCUCUAUAUGCCAGAAUGAAGGAUUAUGCGUCAACACCCCUGGCUCCUACAAGUGUACCUGCACACCAGGGUUUACAGGCAGACACUGUGAAAGCUCAUACAUCCCCUGCUCCCCCUCACCAUGCCUGAAUGGAGGCACCUGCCACCAGAGCUCUGACAUCAGCUACUCCUGCCACUGCCUUCCAGGUUUCAACGGGACUAACUGUGAGCACAACAUCGACGACUGCCCCGGUCAUCAGUGUGCCAACGGAGGAACCUGUAUGGACGGAGUCAACACCUACAACUGCCAGUGCCCUCCAGAGUGGACCGGUCAGCACUGUACAGAGGAUGUGGAUGAGUGCCGUCUGCAGCCAAACACUUGCCAGAACGGAGGGACCUGCAGCAACCUGUUUGGCAGCUACGUGUGUGUGUGUGUAAACGGCUGGAGCGGACCCGACUGCUCUGAAAACAUCGACGAUUGCGCCACAGCCUCGUGCACGCCGGGCUCCACCUGCAUCGACCGCGUUGCCUCUUUCGUCUGCCUCUGCCCCUACGGAAAGACAGGUCUGCUUUGCCACCGAGACGACGCCUGCAUCAGUAACCCGUGCAGAGAGGGCUCUCAGUGCGACACCAACCCCAUCAGUGGCAUGUUCAACUGCAACUGUCCUCCAGGAUACGUGGGCAACACCUGCAACAGCGACCGAGACGAAUGCAGCAUUGGCACCAACCCUUGUGAGCACGGUGGUCAAUGUGUGAACACAGACGGCUCCUUCACUUGCAACUGUGUUAGAGGUUACGCCGGGCCGCGCUGUGAGCAAGAUGUUAACGAGUGUGCUUCAAACCCCUGCCAGAACGACGGCACAUGUCUGGAUCGAAUUGGGGACUACUGCUGCAUCUGCAUGCCCGGAUUUGAGGGGAUUCACUGUGAGGUCGAGGUGGACGAGUGCCUCAGCUCGCCCUGUCUGAACCAGGGGAAAUGUCUGGACCAGGUCAGCCGCUUUGUCUGCGAGUGCCCAGCAGGCUUCAGCGGUGAAAUGUGCCAGAUAGACAUCGACGAGUGUUCCAGCACACCCUGUUUAAACGGAGCCAAGUGUAUCGACCGACCCAACGGAUAUGAUUGUGAAUGUGCUGAAGGCUUCACGGGUCUUCUUUGUGAAGAGAACAUCAAUGACUGCGUACCAGAGCCGUGCCACCACGGUGUGUGUAAAGACGGCAUCGCCACCUUCUCCUGUGAGUGCCAUCCCGGAUACGUAGGCUCCAUCUGUAACAUCCAGGUCCAGGAGUGCCACAGCAACCCAUGUCAGAACCGAGGACGCUGCGUGGACCUGGUCAAUGCCUACCAGUGUAACUGCUCACCCGGAACCACAGGGGUGAACUGUGAGAUCAAUGAAGACGACUGUGCCAGCAACCCCUGUGAGUACGGAGAGUGCCACGAUGGAAUUAACGAGUUCAAAUGUGUGUGCGCCCCAGGAUACACAGGACUUAAAUGUGAUGUGGAGAUUAACGAGUGUAUCUCAAACCCAUGUAUGAGUGGGGGGACCUGCGUGGACAAGGUCAACGGGUUCCACUGCCUGUGCCCCCCCAGCACCCACGGCCCCCUGUGCCUCUCUGGGACCGACCACUGCACUCCUCAGCCCUGUGCGCAUGGAGAGUGUGUUGAACAACAACACGGGUACCAUUGUGAGUGUGAAGCUGGCUGGGUGGGAGAACACUGUGAGCAGGAAAAGGACGAGUGCCAGCCAAAUCCGUGCCAUAACGAUGGCUCCUGUGUGGACAGACAUAACGGCUUCACGUGCAUGUGCCACUCUGGCUUCAGAGGUAAUAACUGUGAGAUGAACAUAGAUGAGUGUGCAUCCGGGCCCUGUCAGAACCAAGGCGUUUGUAUCGAUGGAGUCAACAGUUAUUCCUGCCAAUGUAGUCCGCGAUACAAAGGCAAACAAUGUGAGGUGGAACAGAAUCCCUGCUCCUCUAAGCCUUGUGAGAGGGGAGGGGUGUGUAAACCAUCUGCAGACUACUCAUCGUACACCUGUAAAUGUGCCGCUGGCUGGGAAGGUACACGCUGCAAGGAGGAUGUGAAUGAAUGCAAAAGUUACCCGUGCAAAAAUGGCGGUAACUGCGUGAACAACCAGGGCAGCUACACCUGUAAAUGUAUCUCGGGAUACAGCGGACACAACUGUCAGACAGACAUUGACGACUGCUCACCAAGCCCGUGCCUGAAUGGAGGCUCUUGUGUGGACGGUAUGGGGAGUUUCUAUUGUGACUGCCAUGCGGGCUUUGAGGGUGAGCGCUGUGAGGCCGAGGUGGACGAGUGCGACAGUCAGCCCUGCAGGAACGGGGCCAUCUGCCGGGACUACGUCAACAGCUUUGUGUGCGAGUGCCGACCGGGCUUUGAUGGAAUCUUGUGUGAACACAACAUCCUUGAAUGUACUGAGAGUUCCUGUCUGAAUAAUGGGACAUGCAUUGAUGACAUCAACCAAUUCUCCUGCCGAUGCCGCCCUGGCUUUUACGGGACGUUCUGUGAGUUCGAGCAGAAUGAGUGCGACUCUCAGCCGUGUAAGAAUGGAGGCACCUGCACCGAUGGCCUGGGAACAUACCGCUGCACCUGCCCCGUGGAACACAGUGGGCAGAACUGCCAGAACAUGGUGAACCUUUGCAACCAGGUGCGCUGUCUUAACGGCGGCACCUGCUCACAGAUAUCCAAGACCUGGACCUGCCACUGUCAGAUGGGAUGGACUGGACUCUACUGUGAUGUCCCCAACAUGUCCUGCCAGGACUUUGCUGCCAGGAAUGGUUUUGAAGUUGAAAAUGUGUGUAAGAAUGCCGGGCGGUGUGUGAAUGUGGGUAACUCUCACCGGUGUCAGUGCCAGCCAGGAUACACGGGCAGCUACUGUGUAGACAUGGUGUAUGAGUGCCAGUCAAACCCUUGUCUGAACGGAGCUACGUGCAAGGACUACCAGGGCGCACAUGAGUGCAUAUGUAAAUCAGGCUACCAGGGCGUGAACUGUGACUAUGAUAUUGAUGAAUGCCACUCUCGGCCCUGCCUGCACGGAGGAACAUGUAUCAACCUCAUCAAUCGCUUCACCUGCGGCUGCCCACCUGGAACGCAUGGGUACCUGUGUGAAGUGAACGUGGACGACUGUGCUCCCAAGCCUGGCUCCUUUGAACCCCGCUGUCUGAAUGGAGGACAGUGUGUGGACGGUGUGGGCCGCUACACAUGCUCCUGCCCUCCAGGAUUCGUUGGAGAGCACUGCGAGGGGGAUCUCAAUGAAUGCCUUUCUACGCCCUGCCACGCCUCCGGCAGCCUGGACUGUGUGCAGCUGGUCAAUGACUACCAGUGUCGCUGUCGCCUUGGAUACACAGGUCGUCAUUGUGAGUCCAUGGUGGACCCUUGUCUGUCGAAGCCGUGCCAUAACGGCGCCAUCUGCUCUAUGAACAUGAGCUCAGGACAUGGCUAUACCUGCUCCUGUGUUCCCGGCUUCACUGGGUUCAACUGUGGCGAAAUGGAGGGCCACAGUUGUACAAAGCUACGUUGCCAGAAUGGUGGGCGUUGUGUCGAGUCACCCGGGGUCCCCCUGCGCUGCGAGUGCCAGGCCGGAUUCAGCGGAACCCAUUGCGAGAAAGAACAGAGGUGUCCAUGGACCUGCCAGAACGGAGGAACCUGCAUCAAAGACCCAACCAACCCAUACCAUUACAAAUGCCAGUGUCAAAUGUACUUCACUGGACAAUACUGCGAGAACAAACCACUCGUACCACGCACACCAACCUGCCCCUAUCCGGAGUGUGCGGGGCGUCGAGGGGAUAGCGUGUGUGACGGUCAUUGUAACAAUCAUGAAUGUCAGUGGGACGGAGGCGACUGCUCACUCAAGUGGCCGCAGCCUUGGGAAAACUGCACCGCCAGUAUUCCCUGCUGGGAUCUCUUCAAGGAUGGACAUUGUGAUAAGGCGUGCAACAACGCCGGGUGCCUCUUUGAUGGCUUUGAUUGCAUGGAAACCACACCUACCUGCAAGUAUGACAAGUACUGUGCAGACCACUUUGGGAACAGCGUCUGUGACAAGAGCUGCCACACGGAGGCCUGCGGCUGGGACGGCCUGGACUGCUCGGCUGACCUUCCCCCUAAAGAUGUGUUUGGAACGCUGGUCAUCGUGGUCCGCCUGCAGCCCAAGGAGCUGCUCGGAGACCUGAAGGGCUUCCUGCGGUCCCUGGGAGCCGUGCUGCACACCAACCUGCGAGUGAAGCUGGACGAUAAGAAGCAGCCGAUGGUGUACGCUUACUACUGGGAUGUGAACGGACAACAUAAACAGCUGGAGAGGAGAAAGAGGGAGCUGGAGAAGGAGGUUAUAGGAUCUGUGGUGCACCUGGAGCUCGAUAACCGUGAAUGCGCAAAGACCUCUACCAACUGUUUCAAAGACACUAACGAGACUGCCAGGUUCCUCGCAGCGUCUCAAAUCAAGUCUGGACUGCCCUACCCCCUGGUGUCUGUAAGCAGUACAGAUCCAAUUCCAUGUUGUGGGCCACCGAUUGAGUGGAUCCUGGUCGGAGUGGCAGUGGUUAUUAUUCUGCUCAUCCUGGUGCUGGGGAUGCUGGCCGCCAAGAGGAAGCACAAACACGGUCAUCUGUGGCUUCCCGAUGGCUUCUCGGCCAAUAAGAACGACAAAAGGAGAGAGCCUGUCGGUCAGGAUGACCUUGACAUGAAGAACUUCAAGACCCAGGAUGGAGCCAUGAUUGAUGGAGGUCAAAGUCAGAGAUGGCUGGAAGAUGAGGUCCCAUCUAAGAAACAAAGAACUGAAGACAAACCCUUGCUGCCCAUUGCUAUGGAUGGAGGUGUUGACCGCAGGGAGUGGACCCUGCAGCAUCGCAAGGCUGCGGACAUCGCCCUCACCCCCCCUCAGGCCGACCUGGAUGCUGACUGUCUGGAUGUUAAUGUCAAAGGACCUGACGGCUGCACUCCACUGAUGUUGGCAACGCUGCGUAAUGGUGGAGGCCCGGACUGCAGCCUGCAUGGAGAGGAGGAGGAAGACAGUGGAGGAGAUGAACCAGGACCGAGUGUGAUUUCAGACCUCAUCUCUCAGGGUGCAUCUCUGAUGGCGCAGACAGAUCGCACAGGAGAGACGGCGCUCCACCUGGCGGCCCGCUACGCCCGCGCUGAUGCUGCUAAGAGACUGCUGGACGCUGGAACGGAUCCCAACGUGCACGACAACAUGGGCCGAACUCCACUGCAUGCUGCUGUGGCGGCGGAUGCUCAGGGAGUCUUCCAGAUUUUGAUCCGUAAUCGUGCAACAGAACUGGAUUCCAGGAUGAAUGACGGCACUACUCCACUGGUGCUGGCAGCAAGGCUCGCUGUGGAGGGCAUGGUGGAAGAGCUGAUCCACUGCCACGCUGACAUCAAUGCUGUGGAUGACCACGGCAAAUCCGCUCUGCACUGGGCGGCUGCAGUUAAUAAUGUGGAGGCCACUCUUGUGCUUUUGAAGAAUGGAGCCAACCGUGACAUGCAAGACAAUAAGGAGGAGACGCCACUGUUUCUGGCAGCCAGAGAGGGCAGCUUUGAGGCGGCUCAGGUUCUCCUCGACCAUUACUCCAACCGGGACAUCACGGAUCACCUGGACCGGCUGCCCCGCGACACUGCUCAAGAGCGCAUGCAUCACGACAUCGUGCGUCUGCUGGACCAGUACAACCUGGUGCACAGUCCGCACAACGGCCCUAACCACAUGGGCGGAGGAAACUCCUCUGUGAUGUGCGGGGCCAACGGAGCUGGAUACAUCGGCAUGCGCCCCGGGGCUCAGGGGAAGAAGAACAGGAGGGGUGGAGGUGGAGCAAAGGUGGGAGGUGGAGCUGGUAAUGCUAAGGAGCUAAAAGACAUGAAAGCAAAGAGAAGAAAGAAGCCGGCCGGAGGAGAGGCGCCGGCCGCAGCUGCUGGAGCGGGAGGAGGAAGUGGAGCGGGAGGUGGAGCAGCGACAGCCGGAGGGAACACAAACGGCGUUAAGGCAGCAGGACUUCCAGAGAGCUCCGUCACCAUGUCGCCUGUCGACUCCCUGGAAUCACCGCACUCGUACACAGGAGACGUGUCCGGCACCGUCUCCACCACAGCCAACUCCCCUCCCCUCCUGAGCAGCCCCACCUCCAGACCCAUGCUGCCCCCCGUCAGCCACAUGCUGGGGCAGCAGCAGAGCUGGGUGCCCAUGACCAAGCACGGCUACAGCGGCCACAUGUUCGGCCUGGUGCCGCACCAGAUGGGCGGGUCACACUCCGGCAUGGGGCAGCACCACGGCCAGGGCGCCAUGCUGACCCCCAUGAACGUCACCAUGAGCAGGGAGCAGCUGCCGCCCAUCGUCACGUUCCAGAUGAUGGCGCCUGGUGGGGGCCAGGCCAUGCUGAAGCAGCCUCAGCAGGGGCCGGUCCCUCAGUCCCAGGGGCCGAACCAGAGCCAGGCUCACUCCCAGCAGGGGCCAGGCCAGCUGCGGUGCUCCCAGGCUCUCAUGUACCAGAUGCCCGAGCAGAUGAGCAGGGGGCACGGGAUGUCCCACGCCAUGCAGCACCCCCACACCGUCGGCCACGGGGGCCACGGGGGGAUCGAGGGCCAGUCACGACAGCUGCCCUCCUAUCCACCCAUGCAGAGCCCUGUGGAUAAAUACCCCACUCCCCCCUCCCAGCACAGUUUCACCACCACCGGCUCGGAGGGCACCACCCCCGGUCACUCCGCCCACCCGCCAAGCGAGCACCCGUAUCUCACGCCGUCGCCGGAGUCCCCGGACCCCUGGUCGUCCUCUUCGCCGCACUCCAACUCGGACUGGUCUGAUGUUACCACCAGCCCCACCCCUCUGGGGAACCCCACCACGCACUGCCGUCUUCACACCGCACACACAUUCCAGAGCAGGCGCAGCUGCAGGCGCAGUCGCAGCAGAUGCAGCCGGCCGCCCAGCAGCCGCAGCACGGCAACAUGCAGGUGUUUGCGUAGGCCGGUCGGAGGAAAGCAUAAACAGACUGAACAGACUUCAUUAUAAUAAUCUUCCCCUUUAUGUUUUCUUCUUCUCUUUGCACUUAAGAAAACUGUUGUAUAGUUUCUAAAUUGAGUAUUAUCAGCUAGAUAGAUCACAAAUUCUCAAUACCAAAAAACAUGCAGUUAGCUGUCAAUCACAAGUUCAAUCAGUUCCUGUCUACUUCCUGUGAUGCCGGCCGAACAUCCUCUGCUUUCUGUUGGAUAAAUCAAGACUUUUCUUUUCGGCUUUCCGCACACAAACACAAACUGUUUAUCGAGGGAUCAACAAGGAAGUGCCGACCAGAUGGCGACCGGCUUUUAUUGCUUCAGAGAAACAGACUGUUGAGAUGGACAGUGAAACGUGGCAGAGGACACUCUGAACUGAUAUCGUCUGCUUUUUAGGUCAUUUUCUUUUCGCUACACGGUAUCCUUAUGUGUUGUUUAAUGUGAUAAGCCUGUCAAUACUAACUCAUCGUCGCAACCAUUCACUCUAUCUUUUUAAAUACGAUGGCUCACGGUCAGUUGAUGGUAUAAUUCAGCAAAACUACCUAGUUGUUGCUUCUUCUUUUUUUAGAUCAUGCAUUGUUUUAAUGUGCUAAAGGGGGAAUUUUAUAAAUGUAUGUUGCAUUACUAGAAAGACAAACAUCAAGUAAAUGACAGAUUAUAUAUAAAUGCACACAGAUGCAUCUUGUUACUAAAUGGCUCUACACGCUAACAACAGUUUUUUUACUUAUAGUUAUAGAAGUGUUUUUCAUCAAAUGUCUAAACACAAAGAAGGUUUAAUAAAUGCAGUUUUUAUUUCCAUGCUGUAGGUGCAGGGAGACCAGUGUAUGUUUUAAAGGUAGUUACUGUUACAGAAAUGCAAAAGAGUUGAUUUGCAAAUCAAAUCGGAGUCAAUGUGGAUGCAGUUAGCAUGUCUUGCAACAGACGGUGCCACUAUAUCAUGUGUUGUUGAGGGAUUCAUUAAGCUUGACAAACUUUAUGCAAAAACAUACAGUAGUUGUAUGUUAUAUGAUGAAAUGUACAUAGACUUACAGCACAUUCUGCUUGUUAUUACUGAGUUCGGUUUUGCAAAGACAUGUUAAAAUGUUUUUUUUAUAUGAAUUCUGUUCGCACUUCUCGAAUGAUUCUGAAUGUUACAGAGGUGCAAGUUUUUCUCUUUAAACCGCCUCCUUGGUAAAUGUUUUUUUUCUUUUCUGAAAUCAUUUAACCAGUUUUGCCUUUUUGCUUAACUACAAUCAGUGUAUCUCUGCACCUUUGUAAUUGUAAUGAUUCAUAAACCAAGUCUGGAGGUGAGUAAGGUUUGAUAAAGUAUUUUUUUUUGUCUUCCUUCUUAACGUUGAUCAUAGCUUUGUGUGACUGCUCUGUAAAAGCAGACAAUCAUUCACCCUUUUAUUUUUGAAACUUAAAAAAAAGGAACACCAGUGUCUCUUAAGACCAAAUGAUUAUUAUUUGUUCUACCAAAACUGUCCAAAUCUGUAUUAGUAGGUUAUUUUUCUGAUUUGUAAAAGACAAAAAUUACAUGUUGCAAACACAUGAAUUACCAAGAAAUUAUGUUUUAGUUUUAAUUACUACUGCAAGUGUCUUUGUAAACGAAGCUAAAUGUCCAUCAUAUACCCACUAAAUUACACACCAGGGUCUUUUAAUCUGUCCCUGCAGUUUCACAAAACAAAUGUACUGUACAAUUAAGUGUCAUCCAGCAUUUUUAUACGAAUUGAGCAUCUCAGUUCCCGUUCAUAUGCAAGCCCAAGCGUCUAUUUUCUGUAUAUAAAAUGUUCUUUUUUUUAAAUUGUACUUUCUUCUGUUAACCAAAUAGCCUAUAAUAUACAUGCCAUAUGAAGUAGUUGUCACCAUGUUUGUAUAAGGUAGAAGAACUAAUGAAAAAACUAGUUUUUUGUCAAAAAAAAACAAAUGAUCAACCAAAUAUGCUUAUUGAAAUAAAGCCCAGAUCUUCAUAGAC